GCUUUCCUUAAUCCAUCACUAUUGAAUUAAAACAACACAAUCACUGAUUCUGUUCAAUCAAAACAUGGUCUUCUUCUUCUUCUUCCCUCACAGUACUAGUACUUCACAUGUGUUAGUCCUAGUGGUGGCCUGUGUGGUGGUGAUCAGUGGAGCCAUGGCAGACUCGUCGAAGGACAAAGAGGAAUGCAUGGAGCAGCUAGCAGGGCUGGCGACUUGUCUUCCUUAUGUGGGAGGGCAAGCAAAGUCUCCCACAUCAGAUUGUUGCAGUGGGCUGAAGCAGUUGCUCAAGAACAACAAGAAGUGUCUUUGUGUUAUCAUCAAGGAUCGUAAUGAUCCUGACAUUGGAAGCUUGCAGGUCAAUAUCACUCUUGCUAUCACCCUCCCUAACGUCUGCAAUGCCCCUGCCAAUAUCUCCAAGUGCCCCGAGCUGCUGCACAUGGAUCCUAAGUCACCAGAAGCUCAGAUUUUCUAUCAGUUGGAUAAGGGCUCAAAUAAAAGUGGCACCACUCCCAGUCCUGCCCCUGCUCCUGCCAAUGGAGCGAGUGGUGAGAGUGGAAAGAGUGGAAGCAGCCAGGCACAGAAGAAUGAAGCUUUCUUGAAUAGGAGAAGGCUAUUGGGGUUGGACGCUUUGGUCAUUGGGCUUCAACUUUGGGCUUUCAUGGGCUUCACUUGAAUAUGGAUCCAUUGUUCCUUCCUUUCUGUGUUUUUCGCUUGUACGUUUCUUCCUUUUAUUUUUUAAAAAAUAAGAUUAAUCUGCAUGUUAUGAUUAUUAUGCGGACGAAAGGGACUAGAAAUGACGAGGGGUGGUGAUAGUUUUGUUGAAUGAUGUUAUUGUCCCUAUCAAGGGAGUAAGGAUGGACAGGAAUCAAAGAUAAGAACAUAUCCUUGAUUCGUGGUUGGAGUUGGAAUCUUGGUUCCUCCGUCCAUUUCUAUGUAAAAUCAAAUUGAUGUUUCCUCA